GUACAGUGAAAGAGUCUGGUGAGAAACAUAAGGGAUCUGUUGAAAUUCCUAACCUGUCAGAAGAAAAUGAGGUAGAUGAUACAGAGAUAAAUGUUAGCAAAAAGAAAGGGGAAGGUGAUGUUCUGAAGGACCUUAUGCGAACUGAAGGAACCACGAAAGUCAGAGAGGCCCUGAGAGAUUAUCUGAGAGCACUUAAAACAGAGUUUACCCUGGGGAUGAUUCUGCCAACAAAAGCUACCGCUGGUCAGGAGCUGGGCACCGAGCAGAGUCUAGGGGGGAACACUGUGCAGGAUUCUGUUUCACCAGAGUCCCUGGGUCUAGUUGGUGUAAAAAUUCCAACAGUGAGGAUACUGAUGAGAGAAAUGUUCAGCUCCCCAGCAGAUGACCUUUAUCAUUUCUUCACAACUAAGGAAUUGGUGCAGAAGUUUUCCAAGUGUCCUGCUGUGGUUGAAGCUGAGAGAGGAGGGAAGCUUCAGAUGUUUGAUGGCUGUGUCAGCGGUGAAUACACGGAACUGGUCCCAAGCCAGAGACUUGUCCUGAAGUGGAGGUGUAGGAGCUGGCCUGACGAACAUUACGCAACAGUUGCCUUGACUUUCAAGGAUAUGGGGGCCCAAACAGAACUGCAGCUGGAGUGCAAAGGAGUUCCCGUCUCCGAUGAAGACAGCACCAGGCAAUGCUGGAAGAAGCAAUAUUUUGAAGAAAUACAUGUUUUACUGCAGCAAUCCAAAGACAACAUGGAGUGAUAACAGCACUGUAGCUUUGUUAGGGCAUUACUUUUUAUACUUUGUUAACAUUCGGGUUUUUUAAAACAAGUAAUUUAUUUGUGGGAAGAAUAAAGACCCACUUCUAUGAUCCUGUA